CGGCAAAAUAGUUUGAACUACGCUCUAGAACGGAACGGUACGUGUCUAUAAAAUCUCGCUUAGAAAGAUUUUUUUUUCGGUGCUCCUUCACUGUGUAUGCUCUGUUGUGGCAUACAACAUAAAAACGAUAUACACAACAAUUUCCCCCCCUCCCUUUAACGAAAUAAAACUCGGUUUGAUUUUGGGCCAAAAAGAGAGGAGAGUAAAACCGUUGUAGUACAGUAACAACAGCCGCAUGAAAGAAAACAAAAACAAAGAAAGAAAAAAUAACGGAAAAAUAUAAAAACGAAAAGCAAGAUUAUCUUUAGUGAGUGGUGGUGGUGUUGUGAAGGCAGAUACACAGAAGAGCAUCCAUCCAUUGAACCAACUAACCAUUUUUUUUGCUAACAAAUGGAUAUGAUGAGAGAAUAAACACGGAUAAAAUCACGACUUUGAAUCUAAACAACGAUUAAAAACAAAACAUAAACAACAAAAAAGUGACUUCAAAUUUAAGUAAAUAAUCCAAGAGGCGAGUAAGGACAGACACCAUCCACAACAAAAUGGGCGAACAAGAAGAGAAAGAGAUACCCCAAAGUGAAAGUACCACUCAGCCGCAGGAGGUGCCCGAAGUGGAGCCUAAAGAAACCGACAAAAUGCUAGAGAAAAAGGAUGAAAAACCCGCAGAGGAUACUAAAAGUAAAUCGGGCUCCAAGCCCACAACGCCGACCGCAACGGAGAAAACGGAAAAAUCCUCACCCAAGCCAGAGAGAAAACAAGAGGAGUCCACCAAAAAGGAGGAAAUCAUUGAUAUACCCGAAACAAAUGAAACCACAGCAAAGUCAAAUGGUGGAGCAGCUGACGGCGAUGAGCGCAAAAUGUCUGGGGAGGAGCGUGAGGUUAAGCCCAAAAAGAUACCCAUUGGUGGUUUGAAAUUGCCCGGUUUCUUUGUUAAAAAUAAGCCCAAGGGUGAUGGCGAUGGAGCCGACGGUGAACUUUUGGAAAAAGAAAACAAAGAAGAAGCUGCCGUGGAAGAGAAGCCCCCCAAAAAAGAUGAGAAACCCUCUAAAAAUUUCGGUGAACGUUUGCGCAGUUUUUUUGUACGCAAACCCGCAGCCGAAAAACAAGCCAAACAACAGGCCUCCAAUGCUGAUGCUGACAACAAAAGUGAAGCUACCGCCGAAGCCGCCGCUGCCGAUAACAAUGAAGCUGACCAAACUGCUGGUGAUGCUCCUCCCAAAAAACGUGGUCUCUUGAACGCCAUUAAAUUACCCAUCGCCAAUAUGGUGCCUAAGAAGAAAUCCGAUGAUGAUGUUGAACUGGGCAUGGGCAAGGCUGGACUAGCUUCCAUGGAAACAUUGGACGAUUCUCUCAAAGAUCAGGACUGUGUUGAUAAGGCAACUGCCAAAAAUGGUGUCGAUGAGGUGGGAAAACUUAAGAAAACACCCAGCGGUGAAAUAAAACCGGCCAGCGAAGAGAAAUCCCCCGAUGAUGUUGAGGAGCAGCCCAUUUCCUUUUGCCAACGUUUGCGCUCAUACAGAUGUUCCGUAGACGAUGCCCUCAUAGCCUUGGGUAUAUUGUUGUUUGUUCUCCUAAUAGCUGUCAUUGGUUAUGUGCUAUCGCAUGAGAAUCAAACCACACCGCCCAUACGCCAGGGACGUUACAUGGAUGCUGUCACCGGUUGUGGCAUGGUUGAAGGCCUAAAGGAGGAUGGAGCCUUUGCCUUCCGUGGCAUACCCUAUGCCUUGCCACCUGUGGGCGAGAGACGUUGGCGUGCCGCCAAAGUAAUUGAUACCAUCGAUGACUGCUGGAAUGGAACUUUGAAGGCUCAUAAUUCUAGUGAGCUGUGCACCCAAGUUCUGGGCAAUGGCACUGUGGUGGGCGAUGAGGAUUGCUUGUAUUUGGAUGUGAUCACGCGUCAUGUGCGCUACGAUAACCCCUUGCCGGUCAUUGUAAUGAUAGGUGCUGACAGCUUAACCGGACCUUCACCCGGUAUACUAAGGCCUUCGGCUAGAUUUUCACGUUCCCACGAUGUUAUAUAUGUACGGCCCAAUUUCCGUCUGGGAGUUUUUGGUUUCUUGACACUUGAUAUGCUUACCAAGGAUACAUAUCCCCAUACAUCGGGUAAUUAUGCUUUGACCGAUAUUAUUGCCGCCUUGAACUGGAUCCAAUUGAAUAUUCGUCACUUUGGUGGAGAUCCAAAAUCGGUAACACUUUUGGGAUAUCGUGCUGGAGGCACUUUGGUAUCUGCCCUCGUUACAUCCAAGAAAGCCGAAGGACUUUAUACCCGUGCCUGGGUUUCAUCAGCUUCGGCAGUAUUGCCCGGCAAACCCUUGGCCGAAUCGGAGAAACGUAAUGAGGAGUUACUACAAGCCGUAGACUGCAGCGAUGUUGCCUGCUUGCGUACCAUGGAAGCUGAGAAGAUUUGGGAUGCCAUGCCCGAUACCUGGUUACACUUCCCCGCUGAUGUUCCCAGCAUGGAGGAGAAUAGCACCUCCCAUCACGAAUGGCUGGUGUUGGAUGGAGAUAUUUUGAAGGAACAUCCCGCCGAGUCGUGGAAAAAGGAGCAUGUGGGCAAUCCCAAGUUAGUAAUGGGCACAACAAUUCAUGAAUCACAUACCGAUAAAUUGCGCAAACGCCAUGCCAACUGGACAGUCGAAGAGAUACGAUCCUUCCUGGAAGCUUCAAAGAUUGGUGCACUCAAUCUGACCGAAGAGGCCAUACAACGUUACAAUGCCACCAACUAUCGAGCUCUAGUGUCAAUGAUCACCGACAUUCGUACCAUUUGUCCACUGCUUAUCAAUGCCCGUCUGCAGCCCUCAGUUCCCUUCUAUGUUGUAAGCCAGGGUGAGGGUGAAGACAAACUGGCCACAGUUGAUGCCGAUAUACAGGCCAUUUUGGGUCGCUAUGAACCCCACACAGUGGAGCAAAGACGAUUUGUGUCGUCAAUGCAGCAGCUCUUCUACUACUAUGUCUCGCACGGCACUGUACCACAAUACGAUGCACGCCGGCGUGUCUUGAAUGUCGGACAAGAUCCACUAUCGCAGGAGGAUCAUGCCAAUUGUAAUUUCUGGAUAAGUAAUGAUAUUGUACCGCGUUAUGCUCGUGUCGAUUAAAUCCUCCAAGGCACAACCAAAUAGACACCCAUCGACGCAUAUGUAGGAGGAAGAUAGCGGCAGCUGGUGGCCCCCCCCCCCCAAAGCAUACGACUGACGUUUAUGACUGAUUU